CGGAGCUCCCUCCCCGCUGCGCUCAGCACACACAGAGCCAGCUCUGUGCUUCCUUAUAAGGAGAUCCCGUCAGGACGCAGGAAGUGCUUGUUGUCACCCAGAAUAACUUCCCCAGUCCUGGUCUCCACUCCCUCGUGCUGUGCAGAUAGCUGUCCCCGGGGGGAUCGCCCGUACACCGUGACCGGAGCCAGCAGCGGGCGCCAUGCAGGAUCCAAAUGCCGACACAGAGUGGAAUGAUAUUUUACGUAAACAUGGCAUUGUUCCUCCAAAAGAGACCCCAAAGGACGAGGAGGCAGAAGAAGAUGAUGUCCUUCAGCAACAGUCAGUAGUUAAGACAUAUGAAACGCUGGAAGACAAUGAAGAUGAUUUUAAUGAGGAAGAUGAGCAUGCCAUAGAACUAUACAGGUUGCAACGAAUAGCUCAGUGGCAAGCAACUCAAGUGAAAAAUAAAUAUGGCGAGGUGGGAGAAAUAUCAGGACAGGAUUACGUCAGAGAAGUGACAGAAGCAGGCAAAGGCAUUUGGGUAAUUUUGCAUCUUUAUAAGCCAGGAAUCCCAAUAUGUACUCUGCUCAAUCAGCACCUAGCGGUACUCGCUAGAAAGUUUAAAGAUGUGAAAUUCCUAAAAGCCAUUUCUACAACUUGUAUUCCCAACUAUCCUGACGAGAAUCUGCCCACCAUAUUUGUAUACCUUGAUGGAAACAUUCAAACUCAGUUCAUCGGGCCACUUAUGUUUGGUGGCAUGAAUCUUACCAAAGAUGAAUUAGAGUGGAAACUUGCUGAGUCUGGUGCGGUAAAAACAGAUCUUGAGGAAAAUCCACAAAAGCAGAUUCAGGACCAGCUUAUGACUUCCAUUCAUACUUGAAUGCCCACCAGAAAAGACAGUGAUUCCGACGACGAUUGAUUUAUUUUGUGUAGUUUUCCAUCCAGUGUAACUCUUACAAGAGAUGGAUUAUUUGGUUAGGAUUCAUAUUUU